GUUGCAUCCACACAUCAGGCUCGUAUCUAUCUUGGCAAGGCUAACUUGUCAGCGUUGCUGAGACAGAGCACGAACAGUAGAUUUAUCACUUCUACGGACACAAUCUUGUUCUAUUGUUACGUACCUCUUUAAAGUCUGGCUUAUCGAUCUUUUUUAUCCAUUUAUUGAGCGCAACUCAUGGGCCAUCCCACCUGCAUGCGAGCUACUUUUGGACCGCGACUUGCGACUUCGUGAAUGGUGCCGGUUUCCGUAUGACCUGCUUCUAAACAGUCGACCGAGGGCCACCCAUAAUGGACGCAGAAGAUAACCCCGAGCUGCGCGCCAAACUUGAGGAGCUUGAACUCGAGCUAGAGGAAGCAGAUAUUACACAAAAAGGAUACCAGAAGCGCCGAACGCAAUUACUGGCUCAAUACCUAGGGCCUUCAUCUUUGGCGGAACCGAGGGGUCUACGAAUCCAUGCGCCAGACGAUUCACCCCGCCGCACAAAUGACGGCUCUCGCAAUGCUUCGCUCGCGGCGCCCAAUGGCGGCGACUCGGAGGGAUACCAGCGAUAUUCAACCGCAUACAGCGAUUCACCCGAUAUACCUGCUCAAUCGCCUGCCAGAAUUUCCUCUGGCCGCUUUGAGCCAAUGCCGAACACCUACCAACCCUAUAGUGAAGAGAUAAAGUCUGAGCUCUCACCAAACCCGGAAACCCGGGGGAUGACACCCAUUGAUUCGCCAAAUAUCCUCAGACCACCCUUGCAGGCACAAGAGUCCCUAUAUCUGGAUGUUGGUGGAAAACCAUUUUUACCUGGGCCCUCCAAGGGGUCAGCUAUGUCGAUGGCGUCUGGUGCGAACUAUACCUAUAAUGCAGAACAUCAAGAAGGGCACCCGGAGCACCAACCUCAACAAUAUAUUCAGAGCCAGGCAGGGGCACUGAUAUACGACCAACCCCACAGGGGGACAGUGUAUGAUGAAAGUCAGGGUGGAACUAUGCUGGAUGCUCAGCAAGUCUACUUCUCUGACUUUGCAGGCCAGCAAGCUUAUGACAAUCAGCCGCAACAACAUGCUUAUGCCGUUGGGAUGCAUAGAUACUCAGUUAGCGAAACGUUCUCUCCCACCGCUGGUGUGGCCCCGCCAAUGCUUACAGCCAAUGAUCUCCCGCCUCCAGCGGCUCUUGACUACCAAAUGCCAUUGGAGCCGCGAGAUGUACCCUUCGCGGUAUACGAUCCUCAUGAUGGAAUUACCCCUAUGUCGAAAUUCGAUAACAUAGCAGCUGUGUUACGCCAUCGCAGCCGGACCACAGGGAGAGCACCAGCAUACUGGGUACUGGACAGCAAAGGAAAAGAGAUAUCGUCUAUAACCUGGGAUAAGUUGAGCAGCAGAGCGGAGAAAGUAGCACAAGUCAUCCGAGACAAGAGCUCACUCUAUCGUGGAGAUCGCGUAGCUUUAAUAUACCGCGACACCGAGAUCAUAGAGUUUGCCAUCGCCCUACUUGGCUGUUUUAUUGCCGGAGUCGUCGCAGUUCCAAUCAAUGACCUCGAAGAUUAUGUGAAGCUAAACACAAUUCUUACGUCGACCCAGGCACAUUUGGCACUUACCACCGAUAACAACCUGAAGGCGUUUCAAAGAGAUAUAACAGCACAGAAGUUGACCUGGCCUCGCGGUGUUGAAUGGUGGAAGACAAACGAAUUCGGCAGCUUUCAUGCCAAAAAGAAGGACGAAACUCCACCAUUGGCUGUACCCGACCUGGCAUACAUAGAGUUCUCGCGGGCACCGACUGGGGACUUGCGCGGAGUGGUUAUGAGCCAUCGAACAAUAAUGCAUCAAAUGGCAUGUUUAAGUGCGAUACUGGAUACUGUCCCGUCAAACACAGGUGGUGACACAUUCAACUCGUCGCUACGGGAUAAAAGCGGACGACCAAUGUCGGGAUCGAAGUCAACCAAGGGUGACAUAUUAUUAUCAUAUUUGGAUCCUCGACAUGGUAUUGGGAUGAUAAUGGGUGUACUUUUGACCGUAUACGGGGGUCACACCAAUGUUUGGAUAGAGCGUGCUGCGGUCGAGACGCCUGGGCUAUAUGCUCACAUAAUUACCAAGUACAAAGCUACCCUAAUGCUAGCCGAUUAUCCAGGGCUGAAGCGUGCGGCAUACAAUUACCAGCAAGAUCCGAUGACAACUCGAAAUUUUAAGAAAGGCAUGGAACCGAAUUUCCAACACGUCAGGCUAUGUCUGAUUGAUACCCUAACUGUGGACUGCGAAUUCCAUGAAGUUCUGGCCGAUAGAUGGCUGAAACCGAUGCGAAAUCCUCGAGCACGAGAACUUGUAGCUCCAAUGCUUUGCUUACCUGAACACGGAGGCAUGGUGAUAAGCAUGAGAGAUUGGCUUGGAGGAGAAGAGAGGAUGGGUUGCCCUUUGAGCCUGGAGGUAGGCUCGGAAACAUCAUCGAUUGAUGAGAGACAGAAAGACAAGGCCGGGGAAAAGGAGAAAGAGAGAAUCUCUGGCCAGAACGGUUUUGGUAGUCUCAUCGGGGGAGGCGGGACAACAACACCCACGGAAAGGAAAGAAAGAACCGAACUUGGAGAGGCACUCUUAGAUCGUGAGGCUUUGAAGACGAAUGAAGUCGUUGUGAUCGCGAUUGGUGACGAAGCUAAGAAGAGAGGAAACGAGGCUGGCACAGUCCGCGUCGGUGCCUUUGGUUACCCAAUACCGGACGCAACUUUGGCGGUAGUGGACCCCGAGACAGGAUUAUUAGCAUCCACCCACACUAUUGGAGAGAUCUGGGUUGACUCGCCAUCUCUUUCAGGGGGUUUCUGGGCACUUCCAAAGCAUACCGAGCAAAUAUUCCAUGCUCGGCCGUAUAAAUUCGCCCACGGUGAUCCAACACCAAUGGUAAUUGAGCCAGAAUUCCUCCGUACCGGCUUAUUGGGCACGGUAAUCGAAGGAAAGGUAUUUGUCCUAGGAUUGUACGAAGAUCGCCUUCGACAAAAGGUUGAAUGGGUUGAGCAUGGCCAUGAGAUCGCUGAGUUCCGUUACUUCUUCGUCCAGCAUAUUAUCGUCAGCAUUAUGAAGAAUGUGCCAAAGAUCUUCGAUUGUUCAGCAUUCGACGUAUUUGUUAACGACGAACAUCUUCCAAUUGUGUUACUGGAGUCACAGUCCGCCUCAACAGCACCGACCACUUCAGGGGGGCCACCGCGUCAGCUCGAUACUGCAUUGCUCGACUCGUUGUCUGAAAGAUGCAUGGAGGUUCUCAUGCAAGAACACCAUCUCCGCGUAUACUGCGUCAUGAUAACUGCCGCAAACACAUUACCCAAGGUUUUCAAGAACGGCCGGCGGGAGAUUGGAAACAUGCUUUGCCGGAAAGAGUUUGACCUUGGAAAUCUGCCCUGUGUGCACGUUAAAUUUGGCGUUGAGAGGGCUGUCCUUAAUCUUCCAGUUGGCGUUGACCCGAUGGGAGGCAUAUGGUCGCCUUUGGCGUCACAGACCCGAGAAGAUAUCCUCUUACCAGGAGAGAAGCAAUACUCUGGUUUCGACCCUCGCGAAGUAGUUAUCGAUGACAGGACCUCGACCCCGUUGAACAAUUUCACCAGUAUUGUUGAUUUGUCACAAUGGCGCGUUGCUCGACAGGCCGAAGAGCUUUCCUACUGCACCAUUGAUAGCAGGGGCAAGGAAGCUAAAGGGAUCACUUGGAAAAAGUUCGACACCAAGGUUGCUGCUGUGGCCAUGUACCUCAAGAACAAGGUGAAGGUCAGAGCAGGUAAUUGCUUGAUGCUCAUGUAUACGCACUCCGAAGACUUCGUAUAUGCAGUUCAUGCUUGCUUCUGCCUAGGAGUAACGGCCAUACCGAUGGCACCACUUGAUCAGAACCGUCUCAGUGAAGAUGCGCCAGCAAUACUCCAUAUAAUUGCCGAAUACAAGGUUAAGGCGAUUAUAGCUAAUCAGGAGGUGGACCACCUUCUAAAACUGAAAGUCGUCUCUCAGCACCUGAAGCAGUCUGCUCAGGUACUAAAGAUUAGCAUGCCGCCUAUUUACAAUACGACGAAGCCCUCCAAGCAAAACAGUGGCUGCAGAGAUCUUGGUCUAACAAUGCAACCUGCGUGGGUUCAGCCAGGAUUCCCUGCUCUUGUGUGGAUAUACUGGACGCCCGACCAACGUCGCCUGGCUGUUCAACUUGGCCAUGACACGAUUAUGGGUGUUUGCAAAGUGCAGAAGGAAACUUGCCAGAUGACUAGCUCGCGUCCUGUUAUGGGAUGUGUGCGUAGUACGAGUGGCCUUGGCUUUAUCCAUAGUGUCCUGAUGGGUAUUUUUGUUGGCGCCCCGACUUACCUUCUGUCUCCAGUGGAAUUUGCGCAGAACCCUGGAUCCUUAUUCCAGACUUUAUCUCGGUAUAAGAUCAAGGACACAUAUGCGACUCCUCAAAUGUUGGACCACGCCAUGGCCAUGAUGCCUGGUAAAGGAUUCGCCCUGCACGAACUGAAGAAUAUGAUGAUUUCUUCCGAAGGGAGACCACGCGUUGAUGUGUUCCAGAAAGUGCGUCUACACUUCGCCGCCACAGGGUUGGAUAGGACAGCCAUCAACACGAUUUAUUCGCAUAUUUUGAAUCCGAUGAUAGCAUCGCGGUCAUAUAUGUGCAUCGAGCCCAUUGAGCUUUGGCUUGACACAAGAGCAUUGCGGAGAGGUUUGAUCUACCCAGUUGACCCCGACUCGGACCCGAAAGCGUUACUGGUGGAAGAUUCGGGCAUGGUCCCGGUAUCAACGCAAAUUGCGAUUGUCAACCCGGAGAACCGCCACUUGUGCCACGAUGGCGAGUUCGGUGAGAUCUGGGUCGUGUCCGAGGCUUGCGUGAAGUCCUUCUAUAUGUCAAAGGAUCUGUUUGACUCGGAACGCUUUGACGGAAGAACUGUCGACGGAGAUCCAACCGUCCAGUACGUACGGACUGGAGAUCUUGGAUUCUUAUACAAUGUUAGCAGGCCAAUCGGGCCCAAUGGCGCUCAGGUAGACAUGCAGGUGCUUUUUGUACUUGGUAGUAUUGGAGAGACGUUCGAGAUUAAUGGCUUGAGCCAUUUCCCCAUGGAUAUCGAGUAUUCGAUCGAGAAGUGUCAUCGAAGCAUUGUCUCGGGUGGCAGUGCCGUCUUCCAGGCUGGUGGACUAAUUGUUGUCCUAGUUGAAGUUGCACGAAAAGCCUACCUAGCAUCCAUUGUGCCCGUCAUUGUCAACGCGAUCCUGAAUGAGCAUCAGAUUAUUGUUGACAUUGUUGCCUUUGUCAAUAAGGGAGACUUCCCUCGCUCACGACUUGGAGAGAAACAGCGUGGCAAGAUUCUCGCAUCGUGGGUUACUAGAAAAAUGCGCACAAUGGCCCAGUUUGGCAUUCGAGACGCCGAUGCUGGUCUAGAUGUCAACGAAGGCGCCGAGCCGCGUGCAGAAGGAGCCAGCGUGUGGAACAGUAGUAUCAUUGCCAGCAGCCUUCGUAAUGAAGCAGAUGCCCAACGUCAGAGCUACACCACAUACUCACCGCCGCCGGGAGUUGUGGAAAUGCCAGUCAGUGAGUACAGGGACAUACAUAUUUCGUCUGCUGGCCCGAGCGAAACUACACCAACAGAGGCACGGCCAGACGCUAGUAUGAGUGGCAACCCCGAGGCUACUCUGUCAACAGCGGAAUAUGGCGAGCCCAGGUUUGGUGGCCCAGAACGGCAUCCAUCGCCAAUGCCUCCACAGCCAGGUCCAAAGCCACCAUCUUACCCGCCGCCACCGCUGCCUGCUUUGGGAGAGCGGAAAAGGGACACCUGGACACUGCCCAGUCAGCGCCCAGUCUCCCACGCUGGGUCGGGCAGUGAAGGAAUAUUAAAAGUUGCCAAUCCCACCACAGAGGAUGAUUGGGGACAGGAAGCGAUGAUGCAUAUGAAUCUUGCUGGGCAACAUAGAGAUUUGGAGUAAAGUUACUGCUUACGACUAGCGUUAGACGACACCGAGGGAACCUGGAAUAGCAUAUGAGGAGUUUUUUGGUACUCUUUUGUGUAUAUAGCCAGUUAUGAGCGAUUCUAUACCAGCUCAGGUGGGGGGAUGAGCUUAACUCAUGAGGCAACGAAGCGCAAUAAAUAUUACGCUGUACCUCUAAGUGAGGGAGCGUAUAGUUCUCGAAAAUAAGAAAUCAUUGAUUCGUAUAUAUCAUUGAAGCUGAUUCAACAGCACACAUAAGACUCUUGAAGUAGAU